UAUGAGGACUGGAGCCAGCAAAAAGUUACUAGAUCGUUUAAAAUCACUAUUACAUCAAAAGUAAUUUAGGCUGUGUAAGACUGAGGAAAGUUCAGAUAGUAUGUAUGUUAUGUAGAAGUUGAGCCAUAGGAUUGGACAGAGGUGGGAGGGCUGGCAAGCAAGAGAAAGAGUGAAAGAGACAGGAGGGAAGGGUUGUGGCUGUGGAAAGAGGUUUGCUGUAUAUUCAUGUUUUGGGGCUGUAAACGAAUGAGAUCAUAAGUGUUUUCAAGCAAGCAGCAGGAGCAAGGGGAAGACUUGAAGAAAAGAAGAAGGAAGAGAGACUCGAGACAUGGAGCAAGCUAGCAAAUUCCUUCUAGCUCUCUUGUUGGUUCUCCAGGAAACUGCUGUUCAUCCAUAUUCUGUCCCAGCAGAUGCAUCUAAUCCCAAGAGCAUGGUGGUAUCCGUGGUAAACAUCACCGCCGAGGCAGGCUCCCGGACGGUUCUGUCUUGCAAGAGCUUCCGGAUGGUGUGGACUCAAGACAGUCUGAAUGAUCGCCAGCGGGUGGUUCAUUGGGAUCUGUACAGAAGCCAGCAGAAUGCAGAGAGGCUGUGUGACAUGUACUCUGCUGGGGACCAGCGGGUCUACCACUCGUACAACCAGGGCCGGAUCUCCAUGCCUGAAAACGCAUUUAUUGAAGGCAACUUUUCAUUGGUGGUCCAAGAUGUUGCCGAGAGCGACCAAGGCAUUUACUCCUGUAACCUCCACCACCAUUAUUGUCAUCUGUACGAGACAGUGCAGCUGCAGCUUGAUGUCACUGAAGAAGCUGAUGAAGUCCAGAGGUACUGGGAUGGGGAGAAAGUGGUGAUUGUUGCCCUGAAAGGGAGUGCGGUGACAUUUCCUUGCAUCAACCGGAACCAGGUUUGGACUGGACGAGAUGAGGAGGAGGAUCAGCAAGUAGUCCACUGGGACAGGCAGCCCCCAGGAGUGCCUCACGACCGGGCGGAUCGGCUCAUUGACCUGUACGCCUCUGGGGAGGGCCGUUUGUACGGGCCUCUCUUCCUCCAGCAAAAGAUGAACAUCACCGACAAGGCCUUUGCCCUGGGCGACUUCUCACUGAGAAUCUCUGCUCUGGAGGCUGCAGAUGAAGGCAUCUAUUCCUGUCACCUGCACCACCACUACUGUGGCCUCCACGAACGUAGGAUCUUCCAGGUCUCGGUGGUGGAGCCAGAACUGAAAAAAAAAGUGGUGGUGAAUCUCACGCGCCCCAACCCCCCAGCAGCAGAUCCUAAUGCAGGCCGGAACCACAAUGUGAUCAAUGUUAUCAUCCCCGAGAGCCGGGCCCAUUUCUUCCACCAGCUGGGCUAUGUCCUGGCCACCCUCUUGCUCUUCAUCCUGCUCCUGAUUCUGGUGAUUCUCGUGACUCGACAGCACCGGAGGAGAGGUUUUCAAUACAACGUGAAAAAAUAUGAUGGGAAAGAACUGACUCUCAGGGAGAUUCCAUUUGAUGCAACAAAUUUGUCCAACUACAAAAGUGAGGACAUUAAAUUGGAUUACAAAAACAAUAUCACGAAGGAGAAAGCUGAACAAAAUAGGUUUCUUCCAGCUAAGAAUAUUGACUUAGAUAAAGAAUUCAGGAAAGACUACCAUAAAUGAAAACAGCGACUCAAAGCUACUGGCUGGACCAGAAGCUCCCUUAAGAAUUUAAAAGUACAAAACAACUUUGUUUUCCUUUUUUUGAAUGUCAUCCUUCCAGUUACCAAGACAUUUCUAUAGAUUUUUUUUACAUCCUUGGGACUAUGAAAGCAUACAAGACACGUAAGCUGUAAUCCUAUACACACUCAUUUAAUAAGGUUUACUACCACGUAAACAAGUACAGGGCUGCCCUGUAAAACUCCCUCUUUAUUAUCUUAUAAUAUAUUAUUUUUUUUAGGGAGGGUGCAGGUCAACUUUCUUUGUUCCUUUGUCUUGUGAAAUUGCUUAUUCCUUUCCCCUUGGGAUUUUUUCCCCUUUCUUUAAAUAAUUUGGUUUCAGUUGCAUUGAUGGUUUGAGGUUUUUUUUUAAUUGCUUAAAAAUAAGCUGAAAAAGUAGAUGCUUGGCUUGCUGUUAAACACAAAGCAGAGAGCAUAUUUUUUUUCUGGCACCAACAUUUAAAAUAUGGAGUUAGGAAAGAGAGAAAGAGGGGACCUUUCCCCACAACUGAGUUAAUGUGCUAUCCAUGUAUCCUUGAAUCAGGAGAAAACAGUAUUUCCCUUAUUUGCUGCCCCCACUGCCAAUCCUUCUGCUUCUCUUGCCUCUCUUCCUAGUCACUGCCUUCCAAGAUAAUGAGUAACAAAACCUAACAGAUUUUACACUCCAUGAGACUGCCAUUUGAUGGUGCCAGCAUAAGGAGGAAAGAACUACAUUAAAAUGCAUAUAGUUCAGGACAGCUAAGCCUGUUGCUUAUGGCUUGGGGCUGAGAUGAAGCCAGUGUCAAGGGGACAAGGAGGAAAUUGCUGUUAUCAAGGAAUUACUAUACCAUGGUAAAGCAUAAGUGAUGAAAGGCCCAGAGAGAGAGACUGACAAUCACAAGUUGGACCAGAUUCUUAGUUUUGGGGACAUGCUGACAUUUGUACCCUGCAGAACUCUUCAUCAGAAGGUUUGAGUUAGGAGUCUGAACCGGUCCAAUCCCAUUUGGUCUUCUCUUGGAAGUAAAUUCUGCUUAAGGAGUAUAUCUGUGGCAAUCCCUGGAGUCUGAACCAGCAAUAAAAUGGCUUAGAUGAACUUGCCGUUCUGGGGUGGCCUUCCUGCAUUGUUGAAGCAAGAAGAAUGACCUCUGUUGGAUCCAAAGCUUCUACCUAUACCUCCUCUUCCAGGCUUUCCUGACUCCAGUUAUCUGAAUCCACUGUUGGAGAAUGCCUGUGUCCUGACCAGUAUUUGGCUCAGAAACAACAAGGUCUUGAAAGGAAAUCAGAAUUCUUGUAUGGAAGACUUCUUUUGGAAGCCCACUGCAACUCUUUCAUGGCUCUGUUCCUCCCAAUUUUCUUUUGCCUUCGUUUGAUUAUGACAGAUGGUCAUCUGCCUCCUGCUGCAUAAAGGAGCCAAAAUGGGGGUUCUUUGGUUGGUUGUAGUCCAAACACAUCCAAAUAUACCUUGGGCAUUGCAAGAUAUGAAAUGAGAGGCUGUAUACUGAUUGAGUACAAGAUUGAGUACCUAUAGGAUCUCCCAGGAUGGGGGUCUUCAGACAGAAGGAGAGUGCCUUGAUUCUAGAUUUCCAUCACUCAGCAGGGGAAUGGAACAAUUGAUCUCUGAUGUCCCUCCAACUCAAUGAUUCCUCAGUAUUCAUAUGUAUAUGUAGUGUGAAAACACAUUCAUUCCCAUGCCUAUAUUUAACCUCUACUGAACUGGGGGAAAGGACACAACUUUUGAAUGUCAGUUCAAGCUGUUCACAGUAAAGAUGUGCAGAAAAGUCCAAAAUGGGAGGAGCCCAUAAAACAGGGGCUAUUAGCAAAAAAUUGGGACUGGGUCUGAUCAGUAUGUGUGCCUGGAAUGUUCUUCCCAGUCUCCUAUGAAAUCAUGGUGAUCUUUCAGGGUUAGAAGGCAUGGUGAGAAGAACUCUUUAGGAAGUAUUGCUAACAACAACUACCUGAUUUGGCUAAUAAAAUGCUAAACAAACUCACUGAUGUUUGGACAAGAUUUUUGGUUGCAGGGAAUUUAACAGAUGAGAGGUUUUGUGUGUAUCUUGUGCUUGUUAUGGCCUGUUUUAAGCAUUUCGUGCUGUCCAAAAUUUGGAAUGGAGUCACUUGGCCAGCUGAUCUCUGCCACGUUAAUAUUUUUCUUUCAACUCAUCCUGGCUUCAAAACUGCUUAAAGGAGACGGGAAAAAGGAAAAGGAUUGCUGUUAUUUCUGCA